CACACACCGCUCCGAGCCCUGCGCAGCACGCGGGCGGGCCAGCGAGCCAGUCAGCCAGCGAGCCAGUCAGCGAGUGAGAGGCCACGGGCGAGUAGACCCGAACCCAGCGAGUGUUAGAGGGCCCCAACAAAGGGCGACGAGUUAAGAGGCGCAGUCUCGCCGAGAGGUUUUGAAAGCUCUCGGAGCAUGAUCGAGUUUAACGCAUUGCACGCAAGCAGCAGUCGGUGCCUGACGGUUCUGUGACCCCCGGCCCGCUAAUUGUAUUCGCGUUGGAGAGGGCGCGAGCGGUCGGUCUGGUGGCAGGGUCGAAGAUUAGUCUAGCAGUGAGUUUGUUAGACGCGCGGCACCCAGACCACCGACUUAGGCGACCUGAGCCGCGAGUCAUGCUCCAAAACGGCAAAACGACGAUGAAUCGUCUGGUCCGAGUUCUGAGCAGCCGCCACAGCUUGGAGAAGUCUCCUGCGGGGAGCCCCCUCCACGCCGUGGGGGUCCCGUGCGAUGGACCCGCUCCCGGGGUCACCGGCGACGAGACGAGGAGGCAGGCGGUGAAGAGGCACCAGCACAAGCACAACCUGAGACAUCGCUACGACUUCCUCCACACCCUCGGCAAGGGCACGUACGGAACGGUGAAGAAGGCGGUCGACAGAGCUACGGGGAUCAAGGUGGCCAUCAAGUCGAUCCGCAAGGACAAGAUCAAGAACGAGCAGGAGUUCAACCAGAUCCGGCGCGAGAUCGAGAUCAUGUCGUCGCUGCGCCACCCACACAUCAUCAACAUUUCCGAAGUGUUCGAGAACAAGACGAAGAUCGUGAUCGUGAUGGAGUACGCGGAGAGCGGCGAGCUGUUUGAGCACCUGCGCCGGCGGAAGGCGCUGUCGGAGGAGGAGGCGAGGAGGCUCUUCCGCCAGAUCGUGUCGGCCGUGCACCACUGCCACGCCAACGGAAUUGUCCACCGUGACCUCAAGCUGGAGAACAUCCUCCUGGAUGAGAAGUUCAACAUCAAGAUCGCCGACUUUGGGCUGUCCAACGUGUACCACAAGGACAACGUGCUCGACACGUUCUGCGGGAGCCCCCUGUACGCCUCGCCCGAGAUCGUGCAUGGCAAGCCCUACUGCGGACCCGAGGUGGACGCCUGGGCCCUCGGCGUGCUGCUCUUCUCGCUCGUGUACGGCAGCAUGCCCUUCAACGCCGACGACUUCUGCACGCUCAUCAAGCAGAUCUCCACCGCCGCGUUCCACGAGCCGAGCGUCAAGUCAGGAGCCAGCGAGCUGAUCCGCUGGCUGCUAACGGCGGACCCCUCGCACCGCGCCACCGUGGAGGACGUCGCCUCCCACCCGUGGGUCAACGUGGGCUACGGCAGCUCCGUGUGCGACUGCCCGCAGGCCUGCUGCCGCCGCCAGUCGGCGGAGGCCUCAGCGGCCGCGGGCCUCUCCGAGGGCCGGUGCAGCCACGCGUCCAAGCUGCUGCCGGCGCACCAGAACGGCCUGCAGAAGUCCAGGAAGGAGAACGACAUGACGAACCCUCACCAGCGGACGCCCUCCCUCAAGAAGCCCAAGGGCAUCCUCAAGAACAGGACCGGGGAGAGCGGCCACCCGCGGGACGCCAAGGAGGCUCCCGCAGGACACUCGCCACCGUCGGGGACGCCAUCCGACGGCAGAGUGGAGAAGACCUCUGCGGACAGACGCGAGGGGGCGGAGGAGCAAGCGGCCAAGAUGCCGCGCAAGGGGAUCCUGAAGAAUCCUCAGCAGCGGGAGUCCGGCUACUACUCCUCCCCAGAGCGCUCGCUGUCCCUGGAGAUGCUCGACAUGGAGAGCGCCCCAGAUCCGUUUGACGACGCGAGUUCGCCGGCGCCGGACGAGCGCCACGUGGACGAGCGGCUGCUGGCGGAGCCGCAGGGCAAGAGGAGCUCGAGCGACCGCAGCCUGGACACGGCGGGCGGCGGCGCAGCAGCGUCGUCUCGGCGCGCCACCGUCUCCAUGGAGGACAUCCUGUCGGGGGCCUCGUGCGGCGGCCGCCGCGACGAAGAUGGCGGCGGGGGCGAGCCGCUGUCGCGCUCCACCAUCACGCUCAGCAACGACAGCAUCCUCUCCAACGAGUCGUUCGACCUCCUCGACCUGCCGCGCCGCGACCUCGCCCGCUGGAAUCAGCGGCGCAAGAGGCAGCAGCAGCGGCAGAACCAGCAGCGCGUGCGGGCGGCGCGCUCGGUGGAGGACCUGGUGGCCCCGGAGAGCCGGCCGCGCCGGCCGCGCUCGCUGGGCACGCUGCUGCUGGACGCCGACCCCCAGCGGCGGUGCCAUUCGGUCAUCGAGAGCUACGACGGGGAGCUGGACUGCGACGACGAGGGCCGGCGGGAAAACCCGACGCUGGGCAACAGCCGGUGCUACCGCGUGCGCGGCGCGGCGUCGGGCGGCAGCGCGCGGUCGCUGCUCACCGAGAUGGCGGACGUCACCGAGCAGUACCGGAGUGCCGCCAGCCACCGCCAAAGGGUCCUCUGUUGACGUCCGAGCCGGCGUCGAGAUGUUUCGUACUCUCUGGGAAUUUAUCGAAGUUAUUAUUCCUAGGUAGCCGGCUGGUUCCUUUAUGGUACGUUCAUUUUGUUCGAAAUGGAAAUAAUACAUUUCACGCGUUCGAGUGAGACUCUUAUUCCUCUGGAAGAAAACGACGUCGUCCUUGUCAUGUGCGAAAAUAAAUUCAAGAAUGUGCACUCCGGAGGAACAGCUGAUGAUAAGAAAAGUGUCAUCAAGUUGAGUACGGUUAUUUCACAGCUUAGUUUAUUACUUGAAUGAAUGACUUCAUUUUCGGAGCCGAGUUAGCUCGCUAGCAAUGGCUAACAACCACGCCUCGUGCGUACAACAUCUGGACAUCGCGCCGACGGCGAGACCUCGGCUCACAGCUGGACUUUGUCUAGGAGGCCGCAGUGAACGCUUAGAAAUCUCAACGACAGCAAAGCCACGCGAGUUGGAACGUGCGCUCUGGACGUUGGAUGUCAGCUGCAGUCGCCCGCCACAAAAAUUCGGCGUUGCAGGAGCCUCGUCUGGCGUCUCAUGGCAUGGCGUCUGCGUUGUGAACAUUGCGUAACGCGCACGCUCUGGUGUGGUCGCAGCGUGGCGAUCGGCGUCGCCCAGCCAAGAACUUCACGAAGCCACCUGCAAGAGAAGUGUCCUCUCCCUGUACAUGCAAUUGAAAGCACACGGAGACUUUGUUGUUGUUGUUGUUGGUGGAGUCGUUGCCAUCAUUGACUUCGUUAAAAUUAAGGAAUAUGUAUACUGGGCACGACAGGAUAUGUUGAUCAGCUAUUUUGACGGAAAAAAACGCAAAAGCUCGCUGUUCUGUAGCAUUAUCUCUGUUAAUUUAUUCUGCGUUUAAGCUAUUGUUGUCUAAGCUUUGAUAUCAAUUAAAAAAUACCAACGGGAGCCAAUUUGUUGGAUGCCCCGAACAGAGGAAAAUCUUACAUGAUGUUAAACUGACCUAAAUCGGGGCUUCAUUUCAGCCGGAGCCUUAUGGGCCAGAGCUUCAGAAAAUAUUCCCGGGAUCUGGUUGUUUGGGGAGGGGGGGGGGGGGGGGGAGAGGUUUGUGGUUGGGAUUGGGAGCCCCCCUGGAAAAUAUCCCAUGAGAAAUUAAGCCAUGGCCUUAACAUUGCAUUGAAGGGGCAUUGUAACGAUAUGAACAUUGUGCCCGCACGCAAGGUAGCCGUGAUUUGUUCUGGUGGGUGGGGGGGGGGGGAGGUUUAAGCAGAUGAGUGAGACUCCCGCCGGGUUGAAAGGGCAACUUGUUUUUAGGGCCGAUGUGCAGCGGGCCCGACACCGCUACAAGCGGCGAGCGCCGCUGCUCGUGGAGGCUUCGGGCCGGACGCGCCACCGCGCCGCAGCGGCCGGGCCGCAGCGGCCGGUCCGUCGCGAUCAUUAAAUUAUUUUCUCUAGGAAUCGUGACGCUCGUCAACGUGCGAAACAACAGCCGCCGUUUGUCGUCGGCGCUGAGCUUGCUUGUCGCGUUCGGUGGUCGUUGUGUACAAAAAAUAAAGUUUGUUUUGGAAUUCA